AUGGCUUCGGCCAAUGUCUCGGGCGUAGUCCCUUCAGACCUGCUGGAGAUGCUCGUCCCUGGCUACUCGCUCUUUUCUCGCAUGGUCCAUCUCUAUCUUGACAUCGACCUGUCUGCCUAUUCAAUUUACAUUCUUGGCUUCUCAAUCUCGUUUUCAUUCGCGUUGUUUGUGGCGCCUCGCCUACUCGACGAAGCCCACCGCUCUCUCUUAUUCUUUGCCACAUCAAUGGAGAUAUAUUUCCAUGAUCCGUUGUACAGACAGCUUGUGCACUGGGUGUCUGACCAUGGAUUGCUGAGCCAGGCGCAGCACGCCAUUGCCGGCACCAAAACGCACUAUGUUACUUUGUAUCAGCCAGAUGACGAUGAAUCCAAGACUAUGGAAGAUAGCGACCUCACAAAAACACAGCUGGAUUUUAGCAUUGAGCAGAAGAGAUUUUGGCAGCAGCUAAGCUACCUAAACAAGAUGAAGCCCAUCCACUAUACACCCACCCAGAACACCUUCCACUAUUUCACGUAUAAGGGAUGUUGGAUCGCUCUUCGACGGGAUGCAAGACAUAACUCACAUGCAUAUGAGCUAGCUAACGCGGAAAACAUACUCCUCUAUGCUGCACCUUGGAAUCGCAGCAUUCUCCAGGAGCUCUUGUGGGACGUCCAAGAAGCCGCUGUGCGACGUGAAUGUAACCGUAUUGUUGUUCAUCGCGGACAGAAGAACAUGGACGAGAUGGGUUGGCAUCCCAGUGCAACAGCCUCCCCAAGAUCUCUUUCCACCGUGAUUCUAGAAGAAGAGAAGAAAGGCGCUAUUGUGAGUGACAUCAAGCAGUUCCUUAGCCCCAAGACGCGGUCUUGGUAUCGCUCCCAUUGCUUUCCAUACCGACGAGGCUAUCUCUUUCACGGGCCGCCAGGGACGGGAAAAUCGAGCAUGUGUUUUGCUAUCGCCAGUUUGCUACGCCUGGAUAUCUAUACCCUUAGUUUCAGCUCCCCGGGCCUUGACGAGAAUACACUGAAUACUCUCAUGAGUGCCCUUCCUAAACGUUGCCUACUUCUUUUUGAAGAUAUAGAUACCGCAGGCGUACAGGAGCGUGGGGAACACGCCAACUUGAGUGAUGAUGAUGAUGAUGAUGAUUUGGACGGCCAAGGGGCACCACCCCGCAAGGGAAGGAGACGCCGGAAGCGCAGUGCGAUAUCCCUCUCUGCCCUCCUAAAUAUCCUUGAUGGUGUAGGCGCCCAAGAAGGCCGUAUUUUAAUUAUGACUACCAAUCAUAAAGCGCACCUUGAUGCUGCCCUACUCCGGCCCGGGCGCGUGGAUAUGGAUAUCUGCUUCAGCUAUGCCAGCCAGCCCGUCAUUGAGGAGCUGUUUUGGUCGUAUUACUCACAUUGUGAAGAAGAGGAGGAAGAAGAAGUAGAGGUGGAAGAAGAGGAAGGGAAGGGAGGAAAGGAUGGCGAUGAUGACGCUGAUGGUGAACUUCGGUCUCUUUCAGUCAAGUUCGCGAAACAGAUUCCUCCUGACCGAUUCACCCCUGCGGAGAUCCAGAACUAUCUAUUCCCUCAUCGUGAGUCGCCCAGAGCUGCAGUUGAGGGCGCGUCCGAAUGGGUACAAAAGAAACUAGGCUCCAGGAAAAAGGUGGAAAACAACACCAAAAAAUAA